CUCUCUGUGUCCCCAUGAUUCCAUCUCCCAUGUCGGGUUUAUCUGUCUUUCUGUGCCUAAACUAAUCCAGCCAACAAUGGUAAUUAUGUAAUUUUAGCCACCGCUUCUUCAACCUCAUGAGAACUAUAUGAACUGAUGGAGCUCCUCCCCUUCAAUUUCUGUGUCACCGUCCCACCCUUUCUCUGUGUUUUGGUUCCUUUAACUGACGGUGACAGAAAGAAGAAGAAAAGAUCGAUGGGACAAGCUCUAGCUUCCGCGGUGUGUGUCAUUCUCUUAAGCUGCGCACUUACGAUUUUUGCUGCUGCACUUGAAGUUGAAGCCGAAGGAAUUUCAGAAGAACCCAAAAUAUUUCAAGUCACAGAUGGCCAAAGCAACAGGAAAAUCACCGGAGGAUGGCGUCUGGGAACGGAAAAGAAGUUCCAAAUGUUCAUGAAGAAGUAUGGAAAGACGUACUCGACGAGAGAGGAGUAUCUUCACCGCCUGGGUAUUUUUGCCAAGAACAUGGUUAGAGCUGCAGAGAACCAGGUGUUGGACCCAACUGCUGUUCAUGGGGUCACACCCUUCUCUGAUCUCUCUCAAGAUGAGUUCGAGAAUAUGUUUACUGGAUUGAGAGUUGGGUCUUCUCUAAACGAGGAAGUUAAUUCAAUCGCACCAAGCUUGGAAGUUGAUGGGUUGCCCACAAGCUUCGAUUGGAGAGAUAAAGGAGCUGUCACAGAAGUCAAGAAGCAGGGAAUAUGUGGAGCUUGUUGGGCUUUUAGCACAACAGGGGCAGUGGAAGGAGCCAACUUUAUAGCAACUGGGAAGCUUACAGGUCUUAGUGAGCAACAACUUGUAGAUUGUGAUCACAUAUGUGACCCAAAGGAUAAUACAUCAUGUGACAGUGGAUGCGGUGGAGGCCUUAUGACAAAUGCAUACAAGUAUCUAAUGGAAGCUGGAGGCUUACAGGAAGAGAAGACAUACCCUUACACUGGGAAAAAAGAGGAAUGCAAGUUCGACCCAGAGAAGAUAGCUGUUCGGGUUGUCAACUUCUCCACCAUUCCUCUUGAUGAGAACCAAAUUGCAGCUCAUUUAGUCCAGCGCGGCCCCCUUGCAGUUGGAUUGAAUGCGAUCUUUAUGCAAACAUAUAUUGGGGGAGUUUCAUGUCCAUUGAUAUGUGGAAAGAAAUGGGUCAACCAUGGAGUAUUGCUGGUGGGUUAUGGUGAGAAGGGCUUCUCCAUACUCAGGAUGGGCUACAGGCCAUACUGGAUCAUCAAGAACUCAUGGGGAAAGCAUUGGGGAGAACAUGGGUAUUAUCGUCUCUGCAAGGGACAUGGGAUGUGUGGCAUGAACACUAUGGUCUCUUCAGUUGUCACUGCCACCACCCCUCCACCUAUAUCUACAUGAACUUUGUACAAUAUUUACACUUAAUAUGAAGCAGCUGUGUCUUCCUGUUCCUAGUCAAAAAGGGGAAGAAAUGUAUGUUUUCAUACCACUAGAUGUUGCAGCUUUAGUUUUCUUUGAAGUUAUAUACAAUCAGACAAGUAGGGUUUUAACUCUUUAAUAAAGUUUUUUUUUUUGAUAA